CUCGGGGAUGGGAGGGAGGGAAUGGGCUCGGCUGCGGCGGGCGGGCUGGCUCAGUCGCGUGGAAGAAGUGGGGGGAAGAUGGCGGCAGCCGGACCACAGCGAGCUUGGACCGCGGAGCAGCUGCGCAGCGAGGCGCUCCCCAAGAAAGACAUCAUCAAGUUUCUGCAGGAUAACGGCUCGGAUUCGUUUCUUGCAGAACAUAAAUUACUAGGAAACAUAAAAAAUGUGGCCAAGACAGCAAACAAGGAUCAUUUAGUCACAGCCUACAACCACCUUUUUGAAAGUAAGCGUUUCAAAGGUACGGAGAGUGUUGCCAAAGUAACUGAGCAGGUGAAAACCGUGAAACUUGAUGAAGAGAAAUCCAAAGAAGUCAAGCCUGAAGGGACUUUGGAUGAGGGUCCACCAAAAUAUACAAAAUCUAUUCUUAAGAAGGGAGAUAAAACUAACUUUCCCAAAAAAGGAGAUGUUGUUCAUUGCUGGUACACAGGAACGUUACAGGAUGGAACUGUUUUUGAUACUAAUAUUCAAACUAGUGCAAAGAAGAAAAAGAAUGCUAAGCCUCUAAGUUUUAAAGUUGGAGUGGGUAAAGUUAUCAGAGGAUGGGAUGAAGCACUCUUAACAAUGAGUAAGGGAGAAAAGGCUCGCCUGGAGAUUGAACCUGAAUGGGCUUAUGGCAAGAAAGGACAGCCUGAUGCAAAAAUUCCACCCAAUGCAAAACUUUAUUUUGAAGUGGAAUUAGUGGACAUCGAUUGAAUAAAUGUUUUAGUGACCAAACUACAUUUCAGGAGCUAUUUCUACAAACCUGUGGCCUUGUACUUGAAGAACAACUGACCUUAUGGGAGUGGAGAAAACAGAUAAUUCAUUUUGAGAAUAACUCCCUCAAGUUAAACAUGUUGGGGCAGUUGAGGCUGCUUGGGGUUGAGUUGUAAAUGUAUUGUAUUGUAAAUGUUGUAAAUAUCCUCAAUACAAAUACAUCAAAUAACUGUGUUA